AUGCUGGCUGCUAAUCUGGUGUUCCUAGAUAUGCAUGAGUUUGACAUGAUUCUGGAAAUGGAUUGGUUAGCAGCCUAUUAUGCCAGUAUUGACUGCCAUAAGAAAGAGGUAGUCUUCAGACUUCCAGGGGAGCAAGAGUACCGAUAUGUGGGGACGUGCAUGCACUCCUCACCGCAGAUGUUAUCAACAAUACAGGUGAGAAGAUUGCUUCUAGAGGGAUGUCAGGGGUAUCUAGCCUAUGUGAAUGAGGCACUAGAAGGGGAAUUAAAAUUGGAGGAUAUCUCGAUAGUGAGGGAUUUUCCUGAGGUGUUUCUAGAGGAUUUGCCGAGAUUGCCUCCUGAUCGAGAAGUUGAGUUUGCAAUUGAUUUACUUCCGGGGAUGGUGCCGUUCUCUAAGAUGUAUUUGGAAAGGUUUGGUGUGGAGUUGGUAGAGGGAAAUCACCAGGCACUCAUUGUUAAUCUGGAUGAUCAAGGAGCAAAGUUUAAUAUCUCAAAUUAUGGAGCUUUGAGAUUCCGUACCAGACUUUGUGUGCCUGCAGAUUCUGAAAUUACAAAGAUUAUCCUAGAGGAAGCGCAUUGA